AUCAGAUUAAAGUAGAUGCUUAUAGUCGCUGCCAUAUAUUAAAGAUAGGUGGAGACCCUGGUGCCGUGGGUUAACUGGAAUAGGUGACUGCCUCGUAGUUAACCAGGCAACUGCCAAAGGGGAUAUUAUCAGAUCACUGCCCCAUGGAUCAUCAUAUACGACCCUACACAUAGGACCAACUUAUAUAGGACAUGAUGAUUCUGGAUUGACAACUCCAUUGAAAUAGGAAACCUAAAGAUGGCUGAUGAUCAAGCUAAGCCUUGCCCAAAUGAUAAGAAGGAGCAGCUGGAGAGAAGGAGCAGCAAGUCCAGGCUGGCCAAGCAAGAUGAAGUAGAAGAACUGGAGGAAGAAGACAACAGUCCCAGUUCUGAGGCCUCUGAUGCUACAAUUGUCCCAGUUCUGAACACACCAGGAGGAUCCCCACAGUCUGGGUCCCCCCAGGAAGAGGAAGUUGUUGCGGUGGAGGAGGGAGAGGAAGAUGAUGACAAUACUUCACAAACUCAUCCCAGGGUGAAGGUGCUGGUAAGGAGCCAGGCUUUACGUGAUGACUCCUCCCCGCCCCCUGACAGUACUGGGGAAACAUCCUCCUCAAGUUCUACCACCAGUAUAUCUAGUCCCGUUAGUGCUUUAACCACACCUCAGGAAAGCAAAGGUCGUUUGGAAAAACAGGGAUCUGGGUCCAGUAGCCUGGAGAUCUAUGGAACAAGUCCUCACUGCCUGUCACCAGCAGGGGGCAACUCCCCUGCCCUGUCUAGAGAUACGAGCGUGGAGAUGCAGUAUACGGACUCUACAGGCACUGACCUGGAAGAGUUUAUCACUAUGACACUCAACAAAAACCUCAAGGAUAGAAAUAUAUUACUCAAAAUGGAAUGUGAUCUCAAUGGAUUUGUGAAAGAUCAAAAACAUGAUUACCUCAAGUUUCCACCUAUGACAUCAUACCAUCGCAUGCUGGUUCAUCGUGUGGCUGCAUUCUUUGGCUUAGACCACAAUGUCGACACCUCUGGCAAGCAGGUUGUCGUUAACAAAACUCCAAAUACCAGAAUUCCCGAUUAUAAAUUUCUGGACCAUAUAAGGGAAGAUUUUGACCAACCAAAGAAACUAAUACUCAAGCGAGACACUGGGAGUUUUGAUGACGGACAUGGGCGUAGCUCAGAAAAGAUGUCACUAGCUGACAAGAGGAGUAAAUCUUAUGAGGAGCGAGAAGAGGAGUACCAGAAGGCAAGGGAACGAAUAUUUAGGACAGAGGGGUCAUCUUCAUCAGAAGGCAUGCUGAGUCUAGAGUCACCAAUGAGCAGUAGAUCAAGUACACGACAUUCAAGUAAAGAAGACCUUCAGUGGAGGGAACACCCAAGAGCUUGGAGUAGUACAGAGUCUAGUGGCUAUGGCACAGAUACAAGCACAAAGUUUCACAAGUUGUCUGUGCCAAAGGCAAGCAGUUUUGGUGAGACGGGAAUGACAGUGUUAGCGAGGUCUGAUAGCAAAGGAAGCUCUCGGUUGUCUAAAAAUGAUUCUAUGAACAGUGUUAGUUCAAGCCUAGGUAGCCCAAUGACGAGACCACCCCCAAUACCUUCCUCACCCCCUCUAGACUCGAGCAGUAGCAGUCAGUCAGCUCCUAGUCCUGCACAGCAACAAAAAACGCCUUCCCCCUCAGGUCACACAGGAGGUCCCCCCAUUAACUUAGAGCCAGGGCAGCAGGUGUUAUGUCUAGCUGAUGUAGACACCCUACCCCCAGGCAGCAUCAUUAUAGAUCCAGCUACAGGUCAGCCAUACAGGAACCCUGAUGGGACUGUGUAUCGACAUAACCCAACACCUGCGCAACAACAGCAGUCACAGCAGCAACAGCCUGCUCAACCACCCCCUCCACAACUGGCCUCACCCCAGGGGCCAUACUGUUAUGGGGCUAAUUAUCAACCCAAAGCCCCUCAACCUGUUCUUUCUCCACAGCAAUCUCUGGACCCUUUGAACAAUCCUGAGUUGACUCAGCGUUUAUCUCACAUGACAGUUAGUCCCCAGGGGUCUCUAACAAUAAGUCCACAAGCUUCUGUGGACCAACCAGAAGUGACACCUGGUGGCCAAGCUCAACAACAGCAGAUGUUUAUGGUCCCUGUUCAACAGCAGCAGCAGCCAACAGCUGUGUAUCAACACCCACAACAUCCACAGCAGUCACAACCCACACAGCAGCAGCAACAGGUUUACUUUCCAGCCAAUCAGCAGGUAGCCAGUGGCCAGCAGCAGGCAUACGCUGCACCUCAGUAUGCGAGUCAGACCCAAAGUCAGCUGCCGGCUCAAGGUUCCCUAGAAGGCCAUCCUGUAGUCCAGCAACAUCCUCUUCAUCUUACACAGCAAUCAUCCACAGAAACCCAAUUGCAAUAUAACAACAGCCAGAAUUAUCCGCCAGUUCAUAUGGUCCAGGGUUAUACUGCCCCGCAGGCUACUCAUGGAGAGGCCUACCCCACACCCCAGGGGUUCCCCACACAUCAGCAACCGGGGCAACCCCAGGGAUAUGCAAUACGGCCACAGGCUGAGCUCCCCGCUGCUGCCUACCAGCAAUACCCCCAUGUUGGCCACCAGCACCAUAGUAGUGGUCAGACAGUUAUGCCUGCUGGUGGACAGCAGAGUCAGCCUGUUUACUACAAUGUUACUAGUAGUACAGGUAAUACGCAGUAUGUUACAUACCAGCCCCAACCCCAUGAGCAACCUCAAGCUGCAGGCUUUCGGCCUCAGUCACCAACUAGUCAGCAGCCAGGCAUGCAGCCACCUGCACAAUCACAGACUUAUAUCAUGGGGACACCCCAGUUAGCUCAGCCAGUUACUAGUAGUUGUGGCUCUCAAGUUGUGGCUUAUCCAUCAUAUCCAGGUGUGGCUCAGCCACAACAACAUCGUGCUCAAAGUCCCCCCCAGCAGGCCAGUUCGAUGGUCUACAGCAGUAUACCUGGUCACCCUACCCAAGGGGCCCCACGCACAGCAUCUCCCCCUGUCAAUCCUGUAAAUAUCCAGUAUACACAAGCUGUCGGUGGGCCCCAGGUACAUGGCUAUCCUAACCCCACAGAAAGACCUGGACAACUGAAUCUCCGUGAAGGAGUGGUGCCUGGAGCACCAGUAUCUAUACCCCAUGGUCAUGUGACCCCUGUAGCGGCACACCCCCAACCAACAAUCAGACCCCAGCUACCUGCAGUGAAACUAAGACCACCCACAAAUACAACAGGUGAUGUUCGGUUUGUUGGUCCCUCAAUUCAGCCCAGAAUACCUAUACAACCAAUGUUCCAGCAAUUUCCGAGGUUUCCAGCCCACAUGGGAGUUAUAAGCAAAGCACCAAGAGGAAGAAAAGCAUGGACUAGGUUGUCCAAGGAAAGUAGUCAAUCUCCUAGCACAUCAACUGAGAGUGAACCUUCUGGCUCUGUAGCUCUAGAAGUAACUGAUGUUCAACCUCAUAUGAAACGCACUGAACUAGAAGCUAUGCUGGAAGAUCUGAUAAAUCAGGGGGUUCAGCUACGUUAUCAGCUGGAGGACGUCAAUAAAGGGACAAGCAACUUCUCUGUAUCUGACUGUACUUGUAUUCUAGCCAUAUUUGACAGUGAGUGCAAUGCACAGACUGCUUUAGCGAACCAAUCAAAAGGUUUGGGCUAUACUUUAAGACCGUCGCAGAGGCAGUUGCUCCAACAAGAGCCUCUUAGUUGAAACAAAGAUAUUUUUAUAGGCAAUUUUAACUAUUUUAUUUAAAGGAAUCACCAAGUUGUUUUUGUAUUAUGCGUGUUGUUUUUUAUUAUUUGUUUAUGAUAUAUGUGUUCUGGUGGGAUUGAAUUGUUGUAUAUUAUGUUGGGUCAUAUAUGCACCCCUUGUCUGUAUUGAGUAUUGACUGUUUUAAUGCAAGAACCUAUGUAAGUUAAAUAUAAUAGGCUACACAACGGCUCAAAUAUGCAACAUUGGAUGCAUUAGAUUAGUCUACACAUAUGAAAAGGUUACAUGGCAAUUAAAAAAUACUAUGCUGGGCAGUGGUUUAACAUGCAAAGCUACUAACUAGAUAGUUAAAAUGCUAUGCAAUGGUUUAGCUAAUGCCAGGCUUCAGUCUGGUAAAAACAUGCAGUGCUGUGCAUUCCUUAACAUGCUAGGCUACAAAUUGUUUGAACAUGCUAGCAUGUGCAUUAUGUAAUAUGCUAGACUGGUAAAACAUGCAAUGCAUUGGUUUAACAUGCAACAAGAGUUCAAACUUUUAAACAAGCUAGCCUGUGUAUUGUGUAAUAUACUAGGUAAACAUGCAUUGCUACAUAUAUGCACUGUUUAACAUGCUAGGUGUCAUACUGAUUAUUUACAUGCUAGGCCGCGGAUCAAUUUAAAUGUAACACACUUUCUACAUAACACUAGGUUGUGAAGCCAUUCAUGCAGUAACAUAUUUGUUCUGCAUAUCUUUUGAAGCAAACUAGUACUAUACCAUCAGGUGUGUUAUUUUAGAAACCCCUUUCAAUUGAAUGCACACAUUCUAAGCCUACAGUGAAAUGGAAGGUAAUGAGCCCAGAAGUGCUGUUAUAACUACUACUUAGAAUAUAGUAAAACAAAUUACAUCCUUUAAAAUGUGAAAAAUAACUAAUAAAAAAUACUAAGUCAAUACUUCAUGGUUGCAAUAAUUGAGGUUUUGAACUUGGUCAACUAAAUUUUGGAUUUGGUCAUGACCUAUUACAUGUUGAUUUCUUUCACACCGUUUUGUCCAAUUAUCAAAAACAGUUGAAUAAUCCUAUCCUAGAUUUCAUCAAUGGAAAAUAUUUAUUUAUAUAUAGUCCAAAGUGGCUCCACUGAAGUGUGCAGAGUAUGUCAACUUUGAGACUUUGCUAAUAAAUUAAAUGAAUUGCUGAUUUUAUUUGUCUUUAAUAAUUGUACUUAAUCUGAGGUUAUGUUAUAUUAUGGAUAACAGAGUGUGAUAAAUACAUGUAGUUGCAAUAAACACCAGAUUUUGCAUGCUUAUUGCUUCGAUAUAAUGUGCAAUUAUAAAAGGCCAGAUCAUUUACACAACUUUCCAGCAAUAUGUAAACGUUCUGUACAGUGUAAUAAUUGAUUCAACAUAAUAGACUGACUGGUACAUCUGCAAACAAAGGCUUGCAUACAAAUAGAAAUAAAUACUUAUGAGGCUUCUCACGUUUGUCAUUGAAAAUACCUAAUAUGGGCUUAGUCAGGAUGGUGGACCUCUACAAGGGUGAGGCAAAUUUAGUAGGUGAGGCAAAUUUUAAGCCAGUGUAAAUUAUUAUAUUUAUAUGAGACAUACUUUUUUGUACUUUUAGUCGACUAAACAUCCAAAAAUAUUUUCUGUAAAAUUUUGA